CGGAGGUGAUAUAGGAGAGCUCGCUGCCGUCCGCCUCAAAGCACGGAAAGGGCUGAGCGUGAGGAAGCCUUGCAGGCUGGAGGGUAAGGUGGGCAGGCAGGCAGGCAGGCGGCAGUAGCGACGGCGGGUGGAAUCCUUCGGUGUUCGCCUUCGUGACGAGUUAGCGGCCAUGCUGUGCUAUGCGACCAGGCCGGACGCGGUGGUGAUGGAGGUGGAGGUGGAGGCCAAAGCCAACGGCGAAGACUGUCUCAACCAGGUCUGCAGACGAUUGGGAAUUAUAGAAGUUGAUUACUUUGGACUCCAGUUCACAGGCAGCAAAGGAGAGAAUUUAUGGCUGAAUUUGAGAAACAGAAUAUCCCAGCAGAUGGAUGGCCUUCCUCCUUACAGAUUGAAACUGCGUGUCAAGUUUUUUGUGGAACCACAUCUCAUCCUGCAAGAACAGACAAGCUGACAACUUUUACCUCAGAGCUGCUUGUCAGAGGUAGCAACAUUUUUAACCCUUACAGAGCUUGGAGUGGACACAAAAAAAGGCACAUGUUUUUCUUACAUAUAGAGGAGGAUCUUCUUGCUGGCAAUCUUCAGUGUUCCCCUGAGCAUGCAAUUGAACUUAGUGCACUCCUUGCUCAGUUGAAAUUCGGUGAUUAUAAUCAAAAUACUGCCAAAUAUCACUAUGAAGAGUUCUGUGCAAAGGAGCUUACCACUGCCGUUUUGGACAGUAUCGUUACAAAACAUAAGGAACUUGAAGGCCUCAGCCAAGCUUCAGCAGAGUAUCAAGUGUUACAGAUUGUGUCAGCACUGGAGAACUAUGGGGUGGAGUGGCAUUCUGUAAGAGACAGCGAAGGGCAAAAACUUUUUAUCGGUGUUGGUCCUGAGGGUAUUGCCAUAUGUAAAGAUGACCUCAUACCUAUCAACAGGAUUGCAUACCCAGUUGUUCAAAUGGCCACACAGUCUGGAAAGAAUGUGUAUCUGACUGUCACUAAGGAGUCCGGUAAUAGUAUAGUUCACCUUUUCAAGAUGAUCAGCACUAGAGCAGCUAGUGGACUGUACAGAGCAAUAACAGAAACACAUGCAUUUUACAGAUGUGACACUGUUACUAGUGCUGUUAUGAUGCAGUACAGUCGGGAUUUAAAGGGCCACUUGGCAUCAUUGUUCCUGAAUGAGAAUAUUAAUCUUGGCAAAAAAUAUGUGUUUGAUAUUAAGCGGACAUCAAAGGAGGCUUAUGAUCAUGCAAGGCGGGCCCUUUACAAUGCUGGCAUUGUGGAUCUUGUUUCAAGAAGUGACCAGAGUCCGCCAAGAUCUCCCCUUAAGUCUUCAGAGAGCAGCAUGAACUGUGAUAGCUGUGAGGGUCUCAACUGUCAGCAGACAAAAGCUCUUCAAGAAAAGUUGCGGAAACUUAAAGAAUCUUUGCUGUGUAUGGUAUGCUGUGAAGAAGAAAUAAAUUCAACUUUUUGUCCGUGUGGUCAUACUGUAUGCUGUGAGUCAUGUGCCGCACAGUUACAGUCAUGCCCAGUUUGCAGAUCUCGAGUAGAACAUGUCCAGCAUGUGUAUUUACCUACCCACACCAGUCUGCUUAAUCUGGCAGUAAUAUGACCUUCAUGUUAUCACCAGAAGAGACACACCAUAUAAGCUUUUAAACCAUCUUGUACUUCCAAAGUACUGCACUAAUGUUCACUCCAGCUCCAUUGAUGGUGAAGGAAGGCACUCACUUCAGCAUCUGCCAGCAGUGCCAGAGUGGCCAUUGCAAAACUGUUGAGGCGGGGGGGAGGGCAUGAAUGGGGAAUGAGUCUCUGUUCAGAGUGUUGGAAAAUAGGUUUUAGGGUUAUACUGUGAAUGACUUGUAGACAACCUCAUGUCACCUGGAAAAACAUUUUUAUAAAAUGGCAAUAUUUUUAAAAUUCUGAGAGGAAGAAAGAUGGAAAGUCAGUAGUAUCCAACACAGGCAACUCAGCUUGUUAUAUGCAUUUUAUAAAGGUUGUUUUUAUAGUUAGUUUAGUUAGCACGAUCACACCAUUUUAUAUUUUAGUUAAACUUUAGUUUUAAUAUCUUAACAUCUGUUUUAAUUGUUUCUGCUUUUAGUCUUACUGAAAUAAGAAACUAUUUUUAAAUAGGGAUAGCAUCCACUAUUAGUGGAAAUAUGUUAUACUCACCCAUCUCCCUCUCUCUUUGCUCCACCCCCUGAAGAUAUUUUCCUGAGACACCCUCAGGAGCAGAUUUGGAGGAAUAUAGUGGGAAGAGGGAGUAGGUGGGAAUUGUCCUCGCCUUUGUUGCAAGCAGAACAUACCUCGGUGAUCAGAAGACUAACCUGGAUGCUGCCCAAUAUACUUAAGGACCUAAGAUUGCAAAGCUUUAAGCAAAUUGCUGUAUUUGUUUCAGCAAAAAUACAAAUAAUUCCCAAAAUUACUUCAACAUUUGAAUAAACUUGAUACCCUAUUGGGCACCUCUUGAAAGAUUGUCAAAAAACUGUGUAUUUUAAAAUGUGGAAGAUCGAAUAUCUGUAGAAACAUUUUUUCACUUUAAGAGUCAACUGUUGGCUUUGGUUUCUCUGCCUUGUGCUGAGAAAAAUGUACCCUAAAUCAAGACAGUACAAUCGUAAUAUAAUUUUCUAAAUGCAGUUAUAUUAAAUUAUUCUUUCUUAAAACUGUCUUACCUUUUCCCACACACCCUAUCCCUGGGCAUUUUGGUCUUUGGUCAACUAGUGAAUACUCCAGAACAUUGAAAACUAGACUGGCCAUGUUUGGGUGCAAUACUAGCUAAAAUAAAAGCUAGAAAAGUCACUUUACUGAGACUUUCUGAAUAUACGUUUCAUAUUGGAUGGGUUCAGAUGUCAUGCAGAACCAUAGUUAAAUCUUGUUUCUGUGUGAUUUCCUCCAGCCUUAGAAGCAUGUGCUUCCCCUCCUCUUCCUUGCCAUGUGUAUUGAAAGAAUUCUACUUCCAGUUAUAAACAAAGCAAGAUCAGCCGUGAUGCCUGAACCAACCAGUCUUGGUUUAUUUUAACCAAAGUGCUUGAAAUAAACCCCAAUUUUAACAUAAAGUUUGAAAUAGGUUUUAGAUCAGUUUAUUUCAAGUAUGUCACUUAGAAUAAACCACAGUUUCACUGCAUUUGAAAGUAGAAUUAUUCCAACGUGUGGCCCGGGGAUUGGGGAAGCCCGCUCCCAAGGCUAGGGAAUGUUGCCUGGAACCAAGAUUUAACCAGUUCCACGUGAUAUUUGAACCCACCCAUUGCCUUAAAUGUAGCAGUAAUGUGUGUAUGCAUUUGUUUCUUUGCACAGACAUUUUGUCAAAAUAUUAAAACUCUACUUUUUUAUGGCACAUUAGCAUAUAAACCUUACUCGAAGAGGUAUUUAUUUUUUGACUUUGUAAAAAGUUUUGUUUUCACAUGAAGCAAGAAUUGUCCUAUAUGGUAGACAACUUGUCUUUUUUUAUAUUCAGGUCAAUAAAGGAUUUUUAAAUAGAA